CUCACGUCAUUACAGGAAGUCAGCGUCGUUCGUUACCAGCAAAGCGACCAAGAAGAAGAAGAGGAGUAAUAGAUCAACUCUACUAAUCCUUCUGCAGUAUUCAGGCUCGUUUACAAAGAGGUCUAAAGAUGUCGUCAGGUGCUUUGUUCCCAAGCUUGGUGAGCGGCUCCAGGGGAAGCUCCAGCAAGUACCUGGUGGAGUUCCGUGCCGGGAAAAUGACCCUGAAGGGGAACGUGGUGACACCGGACAAACGCAAAGGCUCGGUGUACAUCCAGCAGUCAGACGACUCCCUGAUCCACUUCUGCUGGAAGGACAGGACAUCUGGGAAUGUUGAUGAUGACCUGAUCAUCUUCCCCGAUGACUGUGAAUUCAAGAAGGUGAGCCAGUGCACCACCGGACGAGUCUUUGUGCUGAAGUUCAAAGCCGGAUCCAAGAGGCUGUUCUUCUGGAUGCAGGAGCCAAAGUCCGAUAAGGAUGACGAGUUCUGUCGUAAGGUGAACGAGUACCUGAACAACCCUCCCAUCCCCGGAGCCGGAGGGAGCGGGGGGGGCAGCGGACAUGAACUCUCUGCACUGGGAGGAGAGGGAGGCCUGCAAAACCUGCUGGGAAAUAUGAGCCACAACCAGCUGAUGCAGCUGAUCGGACCGACUGGACUGGGAGGACUGGGAGGUCUGGGAGCUCUAGCAGGACCAGGACUCGCUAACCUGCUGGGCAGCGCGGGGCCGACCACCACCACCAGCAGCUCCUCCUCCAGCUCUCGCAGCCAAGUCAUCGGCUGCCACUCCUUCCUCAGCGGGGCCUCCAGGCUGACGCACCACUCAGGCCCCACCACCCCGCUGACCUGCUGCCUCAGCCGCCUCCCCUACUACCUUGUUGCUCCUCCACACGCAGUCCAUGGCAUGUUCAGCACGCGGCCUCUGGCCUUCAGGUCAGCCUCGGCCCGCUCCAUGAAUCAGUUCGGGUCUGCCGGCUGA